GUCUUCAUCUUCCACGUCCGCCGUCACUGACCAGCCCCUUCACUGUCCAGAUGGCUCUGAUUGAGGUGAUUGCGAACGACCGUCUAGGACGCAAGGUUCGCGUGAAAUGCAGCCCAGAUGACACCGUUGGCGAUCUGAAGAAGCUCAUCGCCGCGCAGACCGGCACGGAUGCUUCGAAGAUCCAGCUAAAGAAAUGGUACACCAUAUACAAGGAUCACAUCACGCUUGCGGACUACGAGAUCCACGACGGGAUGAGCCUUGAAAUGUACUAAUUCUACGAGACAACCGACUUGUCAUUCUUUCCAACUCAGCAAUAUCGCCAUCAACGUGUCGCCUGUACUACCGUAAAGAGCAAUGAACUGUAUCAUCUAUCCGCACGGUCUUGCCCAAACGCGCACGAGGCUUGUGCUGCUCGCGCUUUGCCCCUGUCGGUGAGCACGAACACGUAUAGCACUG